CAGGCUGUAGCAAUGCCUCUUCUGGAUGAAAGCUCUUUACCCAGAGACUGCCCUCCAACUGUGCCAGUCAUCAUCAUUGGAAACGGUCCUUCAGGUAUCUGUUUAUCGUACCUACUGAGCGGCUAUGCUCCUUACUUAGCUCCAGCAGCUGAGCAUCCUAAUCCCAUACUUUCCCACAAACUACAAAAGGCUAAGCAUGUACCUAUUAUAGAGCAGGAUCUGGAGUACCUGUGUGAGGGUUUAGAGGGUCGUUCAGGCAACCCAGUGGCUGUACUCUUUGAUACACUACUUCACCCAAAUGCUGACUUGGGCUUCGAGAUUCCUUCAGUACUGCAGUGGAAGCUGGAGAAGCAGCACCACAUCCCCCAUCUGGUACUUGGCAAGGGUACUCCAGGGGGAGCCUGGCAUGCAAUGGAAGGAUCUAUUCUCACCAUUAGUCUGGGCAUUUGGAUGGAGCUACCAGGGGUCAACUACAGGGACAUUAACCCUGGAAAGAAGAAGAAUGUGACCAACGACCGCGCCACUCCAGACGAGCUCUCCUCCUACUAUAAGAAUUAUGUAAAGAUCACAGGCAUCCAGAAGAAUUUUGUAGACAACACCUAUGUCACCUCCAUUCAAAAACUCCACCGUGAUCAUGACCUUAGUCUUGAAAAAGAAUGUGGGAUUGAAAAAGGCACCAAAAAUGGUCAGAGGAACAGAUCAGAAAAUCGGUUUGACCACUGCAGUCAAAACGCAACAGAAAACAGUCCCAAUGGAAAGGACAAUGGGUUUUGUAAUGCUUUUAAAAAUGGAACAGAGAAUGGAAGAGGUAACACAGGAGAGGAGGAGAGCAGGAAAAAGAGGGACAUGGGGGGCAUUCGAGACAACAGGAUUUCUCAGGGGUUUUCACAGGGACUAUGGGAGGUCAGGGGCUACCAGCAGCUUCAGGGUGACACCCAUAUUCCUUUCAGCCUGUUUGCUGAGAAUGUUGUCUUAGCAACUGGAGCAUCCGAUUUGCCAGCUCGCUUAGGUGUGGAAGGGGAAGAUUUUCCUUACGUGUUCCACAGUGUGCGCAACCUUGGCAUAGCCAUUAACCACCAUGAGAACUUGGGCCCUGCUUCUGACCCAGUCCUGGUGGUUGGAGCAGGCCUUACUGCAGCUGAUGCUGUGCUGUGCGCCUCCAACAACAACAUUCCUGUGCUGCAUGCCUUCCGUAAGCAAACUGAUGAUCCCGGUCUAAUCUUCAAACAACUCCCAAAAACGCUAUACCCUGAGUAUCACAAAGUCUAUAACAUGAUGUGUUCUCAGACCUACCUGACGUGCCCCAUUGCCAACCAUGGUGCCAACCCUGCAGUUCAUAAUUCUUCCACAGAACUGUACUCAGACUACACCAGCUUCCCUGAGCACUGUGUGCAUUCUUUUCAGCCUGACAUGCACUGCAUAUUAAGGGGAUCAAAUGGCGUUCUGAGAGCCUUCAAAGUCUCAAUGGUUCUCGUUCUAAUUGGAACCUAUCCUAGCCUGUCCUUCUUGAAGGAGCAUGGUCGGUACCUGGGUUCGGACCCUAGCAGGCCCAUCUCCUGUAAGCACAACCCAGUGGACAUAAACCCUUACACAUUUGAAUGCUGUUCUGAGCCAGGCCUUUUUGCCAUGGGUCCACUGGUUGGGGACAAUUUUGUGCGUUUCCUGAAGGGAGGCGCUCUGGGUAUCUCAAGCUGCCUGCUCAAGAGACUGAAACAGUUGAAGAAGGGGAAACUGAUUGCUGAUGAGGGGGAUAGCAGAGGAGGCGGGGGAUUUGUCUGAAGUCUGUGGAAUUAUUUGUAUAAAGGAAGUGGCAAAUUAUU